AAAAAUUGGAUCUUUCCUUCUUUAUCUGAAGCAACAUGGCCCAUCAAUCCACUCAUGGCAGUUCUGGACACAAGAAUUUCAGUUCUUCUUCAGCUUGUUUACCAGCUCUGAGCAAACACAGCGUUAGUUAUUUCACUACAAAGAACCACAAAGCAUUUCCAAGUUUUGGUAGCAAAAGUGUGUACAGUGGUGGAUCAGGAGGGCAUAAGAUGUCAGUUGCAAGUUGCUAUCCAGCGAGAAGUGGACAUGGAUAUGGAUCUAGUAUUGGUCAUGGAUUUGGUGGCUCUGGUUUUGGAGGAUCGGUAUGCUCUCCAGGCAUCACCUCAGUUACCGUGAACCAAAGUCUCCUGGCCCCUCUCAAUCUGGAGAUUGACCCAAACAUCCAAAGAGUGAGGACAGAUGAAAAAGAACAAAUCAAAGGCCUUAAUAACAAAUUUGCUUCCUUCAUCGACAAGGUAAGAUUUUUGGAGCAGCAGAACAAAAUGUUGGAGACUAAAUGGUCUCUUCUCCAAGAUCAAAAAACUGCCAGGUGUCAGAUUGAACCUUUAUUUGAGGCUUUCAUCAGCAACCUCCGCAGACAGCUAGAGAGUCUGGGAUGUGAUAGAGCUCGUCUUGAAGCAGAAAGGAGGAGUAUGGAAGACGCAGUUGAGGAAUUCAAGGGAAAAUACGAAGAAGAACUAAACCGACGCACUGCGGCUGAGAAUGAAUUUGUUAGCCUUAAGAGAGACGUAGAUGCUGCUUUCAUGAACAAAGCUGAACUCCAAGCUAAAGUGGAUUCGCUAACAGAUGAGAUCAACUUCCUAAGAGCUCUAUUUGACGCGGAAAUUGCCCAGCUUCAGGCUCAGAUCUCAGACACCUCUGUGGUUGUGUCCAUGGAUAACAGCCGGGAUCUGGACCUGGAUGGAAUUAUUGCUGAAGUCAAAGCUCAAUACGAGGAGAUCGCUAACAAGAGCAGAGCUGAAGCAGAGUCCCUCUACCAAUCAAGAUACGAGGAGCUACGCAUGACUGCAGGCAGACAUGGAGAUGAUCUUCGUAAUACUAAGCAUGAGAUUGCUGAGCUUAACAGGGUGAUCCAAAGACUCAAAGGAGAAAUUGAAAGCGUAAAAGAACAGAGAGCUAAACUGGAAGGCGCUAUAAAUGAGGCAGAGGAACGCGGAGAAGCCGCUGUCAGAGAUGCCAAGAACAAACUCUCUGAGCUGGAAGCUGCUCUGCAGAAGGCCAAGCAGGACAUGGCUCGGCAACUGAGAGAAUACCAGGAGCUGAUGAAUGUGAAACUGGCUCUGGAUAUUGAGAUCGCCACCUACAGGAAGAUGCUGGAAGGAGAGGAGUGCAGGUUGGCUGGUGAGGGAAGUGGCUCUGUUAGCAUUUCUGUACUGCACUCCAGUUCUGGAGGAUCACACAGAGGUAGCAGACACCACAAAGGCGGAUUUAGCUCUGGAAGUAUCUCGAUGGGAAAAUAUAGCUCUGGCCAUGGACACCCUUGCUAGAAUGUGUUAGUGAAUGCUAUUUCUCAUAACCAAGUAGUUAAGCUCGCUGUGUGCAUGCGAUGUGGACAGUUUGGCACUCAAUAGAAGUAACAGUACAUUCUUUGAUUAAUUUAGUUGGUAUUCAAGACUAAAUCUGCAGCUUCUAGUUUACUUUCAGAUUAUGCUAAUUUAUGUUUCCAUGUUCCUUUCCUAAUAGUUUGAAUAUAUAUGUCAUUAUCUGAAGCCACCCAAGAAACCCUUCCCACAUAGUAACUUCAUCUGUUGUUAAACUACAAUGUCCAUGAAUCUCAUAAACCAAACACUGAAUGUCAUAGGAGUAUAGUUAACAGCUGCUGGGUGCCCUCUGAAAAAAAGACAUAUUGCAUAGAGAUUGGUACACAGCGUUUCUGGACUUCAUUAAUUAUUUUUUUAUUAAUUUCCUAUAAUGGACAUUUUUAAUUUUCUUCAAACAUCACUUUAUCCAUGGUUUGAAGAAAUAUCACAAUGCUGUUAAGAAAGCAAAAUUAAACCAAAACCUUGCUUAACAAAAGCAUCCCAAACAUGAGGUUUAUAAUUUGAAUUUGCUUGGAUUUUUCAUGUCAGCUAUGUAGAAAAUUUUUAAUAUCCUACCUGAUGUACAUGUGUACUAAUUUUUUUUUGCCACUUCAAUAAACUACUAGUUUCAUGCUAACAACAAUUAACACUUUAUUUGCACAAUUAAAGACUAUUAAAAGCGGCAUAUCUAAA